AUGAAAGCUUUGAUAGAGUUGGCAACUGAUGACACCUACGAACUCCUAAAUGAGAGAGACUUGGACGGAAUGAACACUAUUCUCCAUUUGGCUGUCAUGUUGAAGCGAGUUGAGACUGUGAGGUACCUCAUGUCAAUUCCUGAAAUAAGAGAAGCAACAAACUUGACGAACAGCAUAGGUUACACUGCCCACGAUAUUCUUCAGCGAAUUCCGCAGGACUUUAAGUGCCUCGAAAUCCAGGUUUUACUGAUGAACUACUCUGGCAUCAAAAAAAAUGGAGGAACGAACACUCCUGCAGCACUGACGAAUAAUACUAAUGUUGUCGGCCAACAACAAAGGAGACCUCGGAAGAAGUUUUGGAGAAAUAUUUUGAAGCGUAUGGGAAAAUGGUUCGAUCAUAAUAGUGACAAUAAUUGGUUAGAAGACAUGAGGGGGAAUUUAAGUCUGGUGGCCACUGUCGUGGCAACCAUAACCUUUCAAGCUGUAUUUAAUCCUCCAGGAAAUGUGAUUCAACAGGGUAUAUUAGUCAGUUCCAACAGCACCAUCAAUGAAGAAGACAAAAAUUUUACUGCUUUUAUAGAAUCAAGUCCCCUCGGCUGCUUGCCAUUCAAGAGUAAUGAUGGUCACAACGUUACUCCGCAAACAUGUCCUGGAGAAGCUAUGCUUGCUUCUCGUAAUCCAGAUGGCUUUCAGGAUUUUGUAUUUUGCAAUACCAUGUCCUUCAUUGUGUCUCUUUGCAUUCCCUUUUGCUAG